GGUUUGUGUGCCGCAGUGGUGUUUUGGCUCGACGCGUGAAACAUUUUGGUCUGUGGUUCGAAGCUAUGCCGCCCCGCAAGUUGAGUGAUCCGAAAGCUGAGCCCAAAAGGAAGAGGUCUUGGAAAGGAGCUGAGGAGGCUGGAAGUUGGUCGCUGGAGUGCCUGAGUGUGUUACAGGGUGGGACUGAGAGUGUAUUGCUGAUUGAUCUGGAAGCAGAGGUUGAACCAGCGUCCUUUGCCGUCGCACCUGCUGCAGCAGCUGCGAGUGGUGGGGAGGCAUGGGGUGGGGUAGCAGUUGUGAUGUUCUGCUUUUUGGCGGCGAAAUGCUUCUGUUUCAUUUCUGCAGACAUUACCUGCUGCUCCGCUGGCCGCUGGCGCAGAGGUGCUGAUGUCGUUGCGAGCUCUGCUGCAGCAGUGGCGGCAGAGGCUGCGUUGCCCAAUCUAUCUUCUGUUGCUGUUGCUGAUUUGCAGGCGGUUCUGCGUAUGAGAGAGACAUUUCCUUUGCAGCUGCGACUGGGUCUGGCAGUGCUGCUGGUCCAGUCAUUGUUGCUGAGGAUGAUUGUGAUGUUUUGCGUGGGAAAUGUUGGUUUGUUUGCAGCAGCGCAGGCAGAGACAAGUGAGUCUCGUGAAGCUGCGGCAGCCGUUGAUGUUCUUCAUGGUGGGACAACUGUGCUUGCAUCUUCGGAUGGAACUGGUGGCGUCGGUACGGAGAGGCUCACCAUUCCGGAAGCGAUGGCGUCUGGAGUCAUCCCAGCUGCGCCAGCUCGUGCUUUGGCUACUCCCAUUCCUGAGCAAUCGCCACUUGCAGAGCGGAUGGCGUCUGUGACUGGAUCGGCUGCGCCAUUGCCUGCUAUGCCAACCAGUGCUGGCGAUGCCGUGACCAUGCCUGAUGCGGCUGUGACUGCGGAAGCGGUGGCAGCCGUUGAUGUUCCUCAUGGUGGGACAACUGUGCUUGCAUCUUCGGAUGGGGCUGGUGGCGUCGGUACGGCGAGGCUCGCCAGUCUGGAAGCGAUGGCGUCUGGAGUCAUCCCAGCUGCGCCAGCUCGUGCUUUGGCUACUCCCAUUCCUGAGCAAUCGCCACUUGCAGAGCGGCUGGCUGGAUCGGCUGUGCCAUUGCCUGCUAUGCCAACCAGUGCUGGUGAUGCCGUGACUACGCCCGAUGAGACUGUGACUGCGGUGACUCUCUUGCAUGACUGUCCUUUCUUUCCUUGUGAUCAUUGCAUUUCAGCUUCGCUUUUUUGCUUUGCGCACAUGGCACCCACUGCGCAAGCGGAAGGCAAUGGCGUCUGUGGCUGGGCCAGCUGCGCGGCUGCUUUCUGCGCCAGUUGGUGGUGGCACUGGAUCUGGAGUAUUGACUGCGGGGAUGAUUGCUGCCGGGGCGUCGGCUAUUCCAUGUUCUUCUGUGCCAACAAGCGCCGGUGUUCCUCUCAUGCCUUCUGCCAGCUCUCCUUCCCUCCCUGCCGAACUUUGCUGACUUCGGCAGCUCACACGGUAGCUGCAGGAACUUUGCAUGUUGUGAUCCACUUGCUCUCUGCGGUAGCCAGCACUUUGUCAGAUCGCUUCCCGGAAGGGGAUUCUGGAGUGUCCAUCUCCUGGUUGGACACCGAUCGGCGGCAUUCUACGCAUUGGCGGGAAUACCUCGCUCAUGAGGCCAUGUCCGAGACCGGGCUUAGUCUGCCUGAAAAUUUUCUGCAUUACAAGAAUGAGCGUGGGUUGGGCAUGCCAGACAGUGUGGUGUUGUACACACCUUUCGACGUGGGGGAGUGGGUUUCUGGAUCCAAUCUGCCAGUGCAAGCAGUGGCGGAGCCCUACACUGAGUUGCCAUGGACAGCCGUAGGAUUGGCGGAACGACGGGCCAUUCUCACUGUGAAGCAAGACACGGCGAACCACUUCCAGAUGAUACUCCACGGGCAUUCCUAUCCCUACCGGAACAUGCUCGAGUCGUGGGUUGGCAGCUAUCUGUCACGUGACCUUUCUCAGAUCGUACAGAAGGGCACUGCUGGUGCAAUCUAUGCGCGCUUCACAGCGCCUUUCAAGGUGGAGGAGCUCCCAUUUUGGAUCGAGACUUUGCGGCAGUCUUGCCUGGAAGUCCACUUGGAGAACGUGUCGGACCCCCAGGUGCUCCA